AUGGCUAGUCACGCCUCACCUGAGAAGUCUAGAAAAUGCCAGUGUGAGACAAGUCAUCCCCAGAGCAUCCUUUACCAGAUCCUUAACAAGGAAGAGCAGGAUGAGACCAGAUGGCAUCCCCAGUAUUACCAUCCUUGCUACUCGAUAUCAAGUGCUGGCUGUCCCUGCGGGGGCAACAGGAAAGUUGUUCUCAGAACUCCAGAAGUCACCUGCAUGAGAGCUUCUGAAGUGCUCUUAAAAACUAUAACUUUUAUAAGAAACUUGCCUUCUUUUUAUCAUUUGCCCCAGGAGGAUCAGGCACUUCUAGUACAACAAUGCUGGGCCCCUCUCUUUGUCUUGGGCCUGGCACAGGAGUGGGUGAAUUUUGAACUGAAUGAGAUUUCUGUCCCUAGUUUGUUGAAAAAAAUCCUUCUCAAUCAGUCUCUGACAGAUAGUGACAAAGUGGAGAACUCCGCCGUGGGAGCAUCAUUAGCAGACGUUCAGAAGAUGAAGAAUUUCCUAGAGAAGUUCUGGAAUUCGGACAUAUGUGCAAAAGAAUAUGCCUAUCUGAAAGGAAUUAUUCUCUUUAACCCUGAACUGCCUGGCCUAAGAUUUCGGCACUACGUGCAAACCCUGCAGCAGGAAGCCCAGCGCACUCUGAUGGAAUUUUGCUCAAUGAUGUACAACAGAAACCUAGGCAGAUUUGCUUGGAUUCUUGGGCUGCUCACCAGCCUCAAAGCCGUUAAUGCCGAUACUAUUGCAGAACUCUUCUUCAGACCUAUUUUAGGAGAGGUCAACCUAAAUGAAUUACUUCUAGAAACCCUGUAUUUCAAGCAAGACUUACUUUAA